UUCAACAAUGAGCUCACCUUGACUCUCCCUUUUAGAAAAAAUGACAUCUCUGAGAUUAUGCCACAAAUGUUAUACUGUCCUAAGUAAUACUAGAACAAAGCAAUAUCAGCUGAUUAAGACAUGUGGAAAAGUUUUGCAAAAUAAUCCCAGAAAAUGCCAAAAUUCUAUUGCUACACAGUCUUUGAGAUUCAACAGCACAUCAACUGCAGACAAUCCAAAUGUGAAUACUACAAUAGACCAAGACGAACAUCAUAAGUUUACAAAGCUAGCAUCUCAUUGGUGGGAUGAGAAAGGAGAAUUUUAUGCCCUUCAUACCAUGAACAGAUUGAGGAUUCCUUUGAUACGUGAUGCUUUUGUCGAUGUUACAGAUAAAGGAUCAAAGAUAUUUCCGUUGAAAGAUAUAUUAAUUCUAGAUGUUGGAAGUGGAGGUGGAAUUCUUACAGAGCCUUUAGCAAGAUUAGGAGCUACAGUAACUGGUAUAGACAUGGUCGAAGAGAACAUACGAAUAGCUCAGACACAUAUUUCUCAAGAUCCAGAAAUAGCAGGACGUGUAAAUUAUAUUCAUGGUGCCGUAGAAGAUUUGACGGAGGAAGGGAAGUUUGAUGCUGUAGUGGCCUCUGAAGUGGUAGAACACGUAUCUGAUGUUGACAUGUUUAUCUCAUCAUGUUGUAAACUCAUAAAGCCAGGGGGAUAUUUCUUCCUGACAACUUUAAAUAAAACUUAUCCAUCCUAUUUGCUGGCAGUACUGGGUGCUGAGCACUUGUUAAAAAUUGUCCCACCUGGUACACAUGACUGGAAUAAAUUUAUUCCACCAGAGGAUCUUCAACUUUCCUUGGAGCAAAAUGGAAUGACAGUCCGUUUGUUACAUGGAAUGUGCUAUAACCCAGUUAUCAACAGAUGGUCAUGGAUUAGUAACACGAAUAUUAAUUAUGCCAUGUAUGCCGUAAAAUCCACCCAGUCUAUACACCCACAUGAUACAAUAGAACAGACAGAUUAUUAAUUUCCUAUUAUUCACAUUAUUAAAAUGUAAAAUGAUAUAA